AACUGUGACAGACGGCUGCUCUGUUCCACAUUCCAAGCCCAAUGUGAGGCUGGGAAAUGGCACCUUAUCUGUGGGAUUGGAUGUUGGAGUGGGGGAUGGGAAACAGGAGAGGUGCACCUGAGGUGAAUUUGACUCUCACACGGGACGAAGCUAAUGCACAUUCCUCGGCACCCCGAACGGGGUUCACUUGGCCAGGGACACAGAAGCUCCAUAGAAGCAAGACGCUUGGUGUCAGCCUCAGGUCAGGAGGAAAAAGAUGCCAAACCUCUUCCUCGCAUUAACAGACACUCCAUUUUCUGGAUCGUGGCGUCUAUAGGUGUGACCUACUACGUGGAUUUCCUCCACAACAUCAUGGACAACGAUGAUAUCAAAAGUUGGUGGUUCAAUGUGGGUCUGAUACUCCUUGGGGUCUGCCUGUCUCUGGCCAUGUUCUGCAUCGUGUACCUGGAGUGGUUCAAAGGCAUCCAGCACUACGACCAGGAGUACCCUGCCAUUCCUCCCAUCACCACCGCAGCCUUUAUUGCUGCAUCUUGCAGCUUAAACAUGGCCCUGUGGCCCGUGUGGUCCUUCUUCACUCCUUUCAUCCUCUUCACACAGUUCAUGGGUGUGGUCAUGUUCAUCUCUUUGCUUGGAUGAAUGUGACGGGUGAGGAUGAUACUUCUGUUUUUAUUUUCUUUUUUACAGCUCUGUCUUUUUGAGUUUAACAAAAUGUCUUUUUAUUGAAUGAAUAACAUUGUAUUUGGCCUUAAAAAUUGUGCACAUUUUUGUGGAGUGAAAUCUUGUAAUUAAACACUUAUAUUU